CUCUCUUCAGUGUGAACUCUCUUGUGGACAAUAAGGUUCCUGUCUUGAAUGAUAGUCCCACACUGAGGGUAUGUAUAAAGCUUCUCUCUAGUGUGAGCUCUUGUGUGCCUGUCUAGGUUUCUUUUAUGGUUGAAACCUAUCCCACAUUGUUUGCAGGUGAAAGCCUUCACUCCACUGUGAAUUCUUAUGUGGUCUUCAAAGUGACAUAAUUGAUUGAAACUCUUUCCACACUGAGGGCAUCUGUAGCAUUUCUCUCCAGCAUGAAUUCUCAUGUGGCCUCGAAGUUUUCCAUAUUGAUCAAACAUCUUUCCGCACUGAGAGCAUGUAAAAGGCUUAUGAAUUCCCAUGUGGGUAUUAAAGUUUCCUUUCUGAUUGAAACUCUUUCCACACUGAAGGCACAUGUAGGGUUUCUCUCCAGUAUGAAUUCUCAUGUGGACAUUAAGGUUUCUUUUACUAUUAAAACUUUUUCCACACUGUUUGCAGAUAAAGUUGCCCCUAGUCCUUGCCUUUUGAGUUCUUUUUCGUGAGGAAGUCUUUUCAGCCUGUGAGCAACUAAAAGGUUUUUCUCCAGUUAUGAAAUCAUGAAGAUUCAUAUAUUGAUCUUUCUUUUCCAUUUCAUUAACUUCAGUCUCUUCUUUCAGUGCCAUCAGGUCUAAAAAAGACAGAUACAAGUUAACCCGAACUUAAUGGCACAAAGCAACAAACAUUGAAACAUUUAUACAUGCAAAAACCAACAUACAAAUACAUCCUUUAUCCACUAAGCUACUAUAAUAGGUGUGGAUCUGAGAAGCCUUCUCAAUAUUGCUAACUCUUCACUUGCUUUAGGGCAUGUCUCAAAAAUGUCAAGCUGGCAGUUAAACUAUUAAAAAAAAUUCUGAAUAAUUAUAGACUUCUAGAGAAGGGGUAGUCAAUCCUUUUCCUGGAGGGGCUACCUUCCUGCAUUCUUCAGUUUCAACCCUGCUUCAACUCACUGUUACACCUUGAACACCUUGAUUAGCCGUUUCAUGCUUGUUUGAUUGGAUUAGAGCUAGACUCUGCAGGAUGGAAUCCCAUGAGGAGCAGGGUUGGAGACCCUUGUCUGAGGGGUUAAGGUGAAAAAACAAAUUUAAGGAACAAGGGGGGAAAGAAACAAGGACAAACUCCCCGCUCAAAUGUGCAUCAUGGCCAGUCUGUCCAAGGACAAUGACCCAAAAGUCUUGUAGUUUGUUCAGAUGAAACCUAAGCCAUGCUGCCAUGCUCUUUUUAGAGAGAAACUUUCUCCUGACAGACCUUCCAAACCUGUCAUUCUUGUUCCAUCUUUUUAUAAUUAUACUGUCAUGAACUUUAAUAUUUAACUUGUUAACUUAGGCCUGUAGAGUUUGAGGUGUAGUUCUUGUUUUUUUGCAGUUUUUUUGGGCAUUGCAGAGUCUGACCUUGGGGUGAAUUUGCUGGGACAUCCAAUCCUGGGAAGAUUGGCAAUGUCUUGAUUGUUUUCCUUUUAUGAAUAUUCUUCCUCACUGUAGAAUGAUGGACUUCAAAUUGCUCAGAAAUGGCCUAAUAACCCUUCCCAGAUUGAUGGGCAGGGCAUUGUGUUAACACACACUGAAAUUGAAGUAAGUGGGCUUACCAUAAUCCGAAAAGGGAUUGGACCCAAUCAAGUUCCUUAAGUUGUUGUAUACCCUCCUUGACCAUUUGUGAGAUCAAAAUUGAGAACGUGCAUCACCUUUACAGCAGGACAGAAACUGAAUCUUCACACUCAUGCAAUUUGAUCUUUAAACUUGAUUAAGUGGAUCAUCAGAUAAUUCUAAAAAGGUGCAAGGGAGGCUUACAGAGAGUAUCCUAUCCUUCCUUCCUGACUUGAACAAUGACACAAUGAGGAAGCGGAUUGAAUUAAACGAAAUUCAGAAGAAGAUCAUUGCCCUUGGUGUCAAGCCAAUUCUCAUUUAUCCAGCUGAAAUCAAGUUGACACACUGUGGUCCAUCUUCUCUCUAAAUUUCUCCUCUCCAGUCACCCUACACCUGCCCUUUAGACCCCAUCCCCUUUACACCUUCUACAAGCAGUCUCUCCAACACUUCUACCAUCUCUCGCACUCAUCAACACAUCAUUUCACACAGGCAUUUUCCCCACUGCAUUUAAGCAUACUCAGGUAACCCUACAGUGUAAAAAACUUAUAGACCCAUCUCCUCCAAUUCAUAACAAAACACUUGAAUGAGUUGUUUAAACAAGGUGUCAUCUUUCCUUUCACAGAACAACCAGCUGGACAAAAAAACAAUCAGGAUUUAAGAGUGGCCACUCAACCGAAACUGCCUUGCUUGUCAGUCGCUGAAACUACAAUACAUUCGGCCAGAUUGCAUUCAUGGUGUAGACACUCGUGUGGUCAAAAGUGUUCAAACAGCCGAUAAAGACUGCCUACUUUACACCUACUAACACAAUGAACAUUACGGGAAGCGCGCUAGCCAUAUAGGAUUUAAAAUUUGCCGGAUGAAGCCAUAAGAUUGGUUUGAAGAUGAAAAAUGUACUAAGCACAAUGUUCUCUAAACAGUUAUGUUUAUUUAAAACUUGACUCUUCUGUAGUUACAUCAUGUACUAAGACUAAUGGAAAAUAAAAGGUUGCGAUUUUCUAGGCAGCAGAAAAUAAAUGAUAUUACGCAGAGGCUGUGACCCCGUUUGCACAGGGAGCAUGCCUUGCAACCAUGGAGACAUUUGUGAGAGACACUGCGUAAUAUCAUUGCUCCUGCUGCACUCAUGGUACGGCAGAAAAGUUCCUUGAUUAUUACGCCGGAAUGAGAGUAUAGUUCCUAGCCAUAUCAGCCUAGAAAAUCGCAACUUUUCAUUUUCCGUCGGUCUUAAUACACAAUGUAACUACAGAAGAGUCAAGUUUUAAAUAGGAGAAAUAUCGAAAAUCUUUAGUCAUUUUUGAGCGAGAUGCUAUUGGUCUCAUCAGAUUCAAUGAACUAUGCUAAGCUAUGCUAAAAGUGGUACCGCCAGACCCGGAGAUCGGCUGAAUGGAUUCGAAAACGGUAAAACUCAACUGUUUAACUCUAGGGGAGUUGGAAAAUGAGCCUAUUUUCAAAAAAGUGGAGUGUUCCUUUAACUCUUUCCCUGCCAGUGAUUUUUUUUAUUUGCCAGCAUAAGCAUUGGAUCAUUUUAACCAUUGAACAAAUUUAAUAAAGAUCUUUGAGAAUGAAACCAACCUGUUUUUUCCUCAGUUUCUUCUUCUUUCACACUGAAUGUUUCUUCAACCUUCAAGUCUUCACUCUCCUCUUUAAUAAACGCCAUCUUUAUAAUAGCGUCACAUGGAUCUCAGUCGUUUCACCAGGAUUUUUUUCUGUGUUUAUCCUGUGUAAGAGGAGAAUAAUUAACAGAAAGAAAAAUAAAUUCAAACUAAAUCUCUGGGUGCAUCUCAAUCAGAUCAGUAGUCAUUGCAAAGACACCAGUGUGAACAUGACUCUUAUUUUGGUGCUGCAGCAUGAUGUCAUAAGGCGGCGCCGUGUUCCUGGUUGUGAUUCGGCUGAAGAAAGGACAAACACAGAAAAACUCCUGGUGAAGCGACUGAGAUCCACGUGUCACACUAUUAUAAAGAUGGCGUUUAUUAAAAAGGAUAGUGAAGACAUGAAGGUUGAAGAAACAUUCAGAUUGAAACAUGAAGAAACUGGGGAACAAACAGACAUGAUGGCACUGAAAAAGGACGGUGAAGUACUGAAUGAAAUGGAAGAGGAUGAUCAAUGUACGAAUCAUCCUGAUUUCAUACCUGGAGAAAAAACUUUUAGUUCCUCACAGGCUCCAAAGACGUUCUCACGUAAAACAGUGUGUCAACAGUGUGGAAAGUGUUUCAACCAACAGAAAAAUCUUAAAGUCCACAUGAGAAUUCACACAGGAGAGAAGCCUCAUACCUGCCAACAGUGUGGAAAGAGUUUCUCUCAAAAAGUACAACUUAAAAGACACAUGAAAGUUCACACAGGAGAGAAGCAUUUUACCUGCCAACAGUGUGGAAAGACUUUUUCUGAAAAUUCAAGCCUUAAAAGACACAUGAGAGUUCACACUGGAGAGAAGCCUUUCACCUGCCCUCAGUGUGAAAAGAGUUUCGGUUGUAAAGGAAACCUUAAAGUCCACAUGAGAAUUCACACUGGAGAGAACCCUUAUAUCUGUCAACAGUGUGGAGACCGAUUCAAUCUAAUAGGAAGUCUUAAAAAGCACAUGAGAAUUCACACUGGAGAGAAGCCUUUCACAUGCCCUCAGUGUGAAAAGACUUUUACUGAAAAAGUAAGCCUUGACAGACACAUGAAAAUUCACACAGGAGAGAAACCUUACACCUGCCCUCAGUGUGGAAAGAAGUUUAUUGAAAAAGUAGGCCUUGAAAGACACAUGAGAGUUCACACAGGAGAGAAGCCUUACACCUGCCAACAGUGUGAAAAGAGUUUCACUCAUAUUGGAAACCUUAAAGUCCACAUGAGACUACACUCUGGAGAGCAACCCUACAUAUGUCCCCAGUGUGGAAAGAGUUUGAAACAAAAACGACACCUUAAAGAUCACAUGAGAAUUCACACUGGAGAGCAACCCUACAUAUGUCCUCAGUGUGGAACAGGUUUCAAUCGAAAACAACACUUCGAAGACCACAUAAGAAUUCACACUGGUGAGAAGCCUUUCACCUGCCAACAGUGUGGGAAAAGUUUCAACCGAAAAGGAAUCCUUAACCAACACAUGAGAGUUCACACUGGAGAAAGCCUUUCACCUCCAAACAAUGUGGAAAGUGUUUCAACAGAAAAGAAGUCCUUAACAGACACAUGAGAGUUUACACUUGUUAGAAGCCAUUUAUAUGUGCUCACUGUGGAAAAAGUUUGGGUAUAAAAUGGUACAAUAUGAGUAUUCAUGUAUGUAAGAACUGUUUUUGUAUGUCAUCAUUAAUUUCAGACAGGAAACACCAUAUUUGAAGGACUUUAUAAUAAGCUGAUUAUUAUGGUACUAAAUCACCUCAGAUGGCUGAAUCAGUACUGGAGGGACUAGAAACCUUCCUGAUGGUUUCACACUUAAUUCUUAAUUAUUUUGCAGUUUUCUUCUGCAUCUGUUUUUGUCUGACCCUGCUGACCCAAUGAGCAUUAACUUUGCAAUUUCCUAGUAUUGCUUUAAUAUUGCAUCCUUCUCAUAGGCAUUUAAUAAUUUUUGACUUUUUAGUCCGAGUUAAAUCUCGUUUUGGCAAAUUUUUAUGCACACCUCAAUAUAAGGUGUUUUCAUUUCCAGCCCUCAUGAACAGUUUUAUAUAUUACUUAUAAAUGAUUAAAUACAAAAUUAAUAGUAGUUAUUAAGAUUGAUGUGGUUUUGAAUUGGUAAAAUGUGCCUGGGAGAAAAAAUUUGAUCAGAAAAUCAACUUGCCUAAUAACUCUGCACACUGUGUACAUUAGACAGGUGUCCAGUUUUAUUUUAUUUCUUCUUUUGUUACUUUCAGACAAUAAUUAUGACCAAGUGUUAGAGACAUAACAUACAGUAUAAAAACAUAUCUAAAUGUUAUCCCCUGUAAGUAAAGAAAUGUUAGUAAUGAUUAAUUUUAAUUAAAAUUUUUCACAUUGA